UCUCUCUCUAUGCGACUGUUUGUUUAGUCAGAAAAUAAAAAACCGAGAAACGGGAACUCUUCGAACUUCCAACUUCAAAGCACGCGAAUCGAUCGGAGCCGAUGCGGAUUCUUAAAUUUAUAUAGGAGAUCUAAUAUAUGGUAACCGCAACAGAUUUUGCCAUGUUUGGAUGACUUAUUGUGUACCUGUUACUUUAGCUGUAUUAAGCAUGGGGAUGUAUUCGUGGUAUGCAGUCAGCAGAUAGCAGGAGAGGACAGAUGGCUUAAAACUGAUUUCAGCACUUGCUGCUAAUAAUUCAAAAAUGGAUGAUGGUCGGCAACAUGAAAAUGGGAGACACAAGAUGGACUAUUACAGAGGGGCGGCCUCUCCGUGGAAUAUGGCGACCCAGCAGCAAGCGAAGGAACCAAAUGCCUUAGUCAUGAACAAGAAGAUCAUGUCCAUUAUUGCUGAGAGGGAUGCUGCUAUUCGAGAACGGAAUGCAGCACUUAGUGAAAAGAAUGAAGCCUUAGCUGCAAGAGAUGAGGCUCUCCGUCAGAGAGAUGAGGCACUUGCUCAGCGUGAUACUGCCAUGAUGGAACGAGACAAUGCCUUUGCAGCCCUUCAUAUGCGGGACAAUGCUGUGAACUUCCCAUUGGGUGGUGGAGUUCAACGUGGAGCCAAGCGCCUGCACCACCCUUCAAACCAUUCGGUUACACUGGCUGAGGCUCAUUACAGCACAAAAGAUAUGCAUAUAACCGAUGCCUUCCCUAUUUCAGUUAUAUCUGCUGAAGCUGUCAAGUCACGUCAGACAAAGCGAGCAAAGGAGAACAAGGCAUCCAGGGCAUCAAAGCCGUCACGAAAGAAAGUAGGCGAAGAUUUGAAUAGGCAGGCUUCAUCUGAUGGGAUAAAGUAUAAAUCAGAGUGGGAUACUCAUGAUUUGGGAUUGAAUCUUGUCUCUUUUGAUGAGUCUACAAUGCCAGUGCCAGUUUGCUCAUGCACUGGAGUACCACGCCAGUGCUACAAAUGGGGGAAUGGUGGGUGGCAGUCAUCGUGUUGCACCACCCAUAUGUCCAUGUAUCCACUACCGCAGAUGCCAAAUAAGCGCCAUGCCCGGAUGGGUGGGCGCAAGAUGAGUGGAAGUGUUUUUACAAGAUUGCUCAGUCGGCUAGCAGCAGAUGGUCAUGAUCUGUCAAUACCACUGGAUCUGAAGGAAUACUGGGCCAGACAUGGGACAAAUCGCUACAUAACGAUCAAGUAGCUCACGAACAAUAAUUUGGAAGGAAGUAUGUUUCCUGUUUAGGUGCCUUCUCUCUCUCUCUCUCUCUCUCUCUCUCUCUCUUUUUCUUCCCACUCUCCCUCUCCUGUCUCUAAAUUUAACUGAUAUCUUCAUUGGCAUGUGGUUGUAUUGAAUGAUAUCAAAGGGAGAUCUUUUUUUCAAAAGAGUA